UUACCAUCACCAUCCCUCUUUAAAUCACCAUAAAGCCUUAAACCUCAAAAGCAAAAACAUUUCAUUUCAUUCUCACUCCAAAAGAAAAAGAAAGAACUAAUAAAGAGAGAAGCCAUGAACUCCUCCUCUCUUCUAACUCCUUCAUCUUCUUCUUCUCCUCAUCUCCAAUCUCCAGCAACAUUUGACCACGAUGACUUCCUCCACCACAUCUUCUCCUCCACUCCUUGGCCUUCCUCCGUCCUCGAUGAAGCUCCUCCUCCUACACCCGACUGUGCCGGUGCCAUCCCUGGAUUUCACCACCACGACGUCGAUUCAAGAAACCAGAUUACUAUGAUUCCUUUGUCUCAUAACCAUCCUAACGACGCUCUCUUCAAUGGCUUCUCCGCCGGAUCUCUCCCUUUCCACCUCCCUCAGGGAUCGGGAGGUCAAGCGCAAACUCAGUCGCAGGCCACGGCGUCAACCACCACCGGUGGUACGACAGCGCCGACUCAGACUAAGCCUAAAGUCCGAGCUAGGAGAGGUCAAGCCACUGAUCCUCACAGUAUCGCCGAACGGUUACGAAGAGAGAGAAUAGCGGAGAGGAUGAAAUCUCUUCAAGAACUUGUCCCUAAUGGCAACAAGACAGACAAAGCAUCAAUGCUCGAUGAGAUUAUCGAUUAUGUCAAGUUCUUACAGCUCCAAGUCAAGGUACUAAGCAUGAGUAGACUCGGAGGUGCUGCUUCUGUUUCUUCUCAAAUCUCUGAGGAUGCCGGUGGAUCUCACGAAAACACGUCAUCCUCCGGGGAGAAUCAGACGACGGCGGCGGCGAAGAUGACGGAGCACCAAGUGGCAAAGCUGAUGGAAGAGGAUAUGGGAUCGGCCAUGCAAUAUCUACAAGGCAAAGGUCUUUGCCUAAUGCCAAUCUCUUUAGCCACCACAAUCUCCACCGCCACGUGUGCUUCUUCUCGUGGCCUUCCUUUGUCUCCUAACCUAUCCACUACUACAACAAUUGCUAACGGUAAUGGUUCGUCGUUGGUCGCCGUCAAAGACGCCCCUACCGUUUCCAAGCCGUGAUAACGGCCCGUUUUUAUUUUCCCUUUUUUUUUUGGGUGGAAAGAAAAAACAGAAAGACAAAAAGACAAAGUGGGAUUUAAGUGGUUUUGGUCCAACAAAAAAAGUCUAGAAAAGAGGAGAAUAAGGUUGCGUUUCCAAAUACGACACCGUAUGUGGUUUUCUUUCUUUUUCACCUACUCUACGAAACCACCCAAAUGUUUUCCUCUUGUUUUUUUUUUU